UGGCACGGGAAAUACGCCAGCAGAUAGAUAGCAGAUGUACCGACAGAGCGAACGGCCUCCUUGGCAAAAACCACGAUGAUGAUGAUGGAGGAGACAGCAGAAGUAGGCGCAGCCAACGGAGGAAGAGCAGCUCGAGCAGAAGCAGGAGGAGGCCGGAGCGCAACAGCAGCAAGAAAUAACAACAGCCGAAAUUUACAAGAACAAGCGGCGGCGGGCGGGGGAAGCGGCGGCGGAACCAACGGUGAUGGAGAGGACGAGCUUGGGGCGGGGAGAGCCUCUUACGGAGACGACCUCGACACGCUCGACAGGCGCAGGACGGAGGAGCUCAGGCUCAUUGGAGAAUUUGAUUCGGCGAACAUCAACCCUCGUCGCGAGUGCUGGUUCAUCGUGGACACCAAGUGGUUGCAGACCUGGGCGAAGUUCGUCCGCGGAGAGGGGCCUCCGCCUGGGCGCAUCAGCAACAAAGGCUUGGUGAAGGACGACCUCAAGACGCCGGUGGACGGGCUGGUGUCGAGGGUGGACUACCGCGGCGUCAACCCCGCCGUCUGGUUCCUCUAUCUUGAGAUGUACGGGAAGGACAGCGCUCAGGACCUGUGCAGGUACGUGAUCGAUCUGUAUGAGGCAGAGGUGCCCCUCAAGUAUCGACGAGAGAUAUGCGAGGAGCCCAUGCGACGAGCACAGGUCGAGGUGCAGAAGAUGCGGUGGAGGGUCGAGCCCGAAGAAGCGCGUCCGCCUGACAAGCCUCAGCUCUGCUGCUGUAUCACCGAGAGGGUGAUCGACUGCGUGUUCAUGUCGCUCUUUACCUGCUGCUCAAAGUGGCGCCGACGCUGUCCGUGGUGGCUCUGCUGCUGCUGCAACGCCAUCUGCCCCGGCCGCACGAGCGCCGCCGGCGGGCGGUACAGUCGCGUCACGACCGGUGAAGACGGAGAGGAGGACCAAGACAGUGAUCUAGACGACGACGACGACGAUGACGACGACGUUGAUUUUGGCGCGAGAGAAGAGGAAGAAUACUUGUACCGGCUCAGGAGAGGCAGGGGCAGGGCAGGGGCGCCGAAAAGCAGCGGCUAAGCUUCCUAUUCGCCGGGACCCCGCGGUGUCGGAUCGGUCGAGAGUGCGAAGAUGGAACUGGGCCCGUGCGGGACCGGAACAACUUAUUCUACAGCUCCAGGAUGGUGUGGGAGACUUGCGGUCCUUUUUUGGUGAAUAAAGUAAACGGUGCAUGUUGAAGGAUUGCGAGGAUCGCUGAUGCUGUACUAGAGUGAACUGUGGUGAUGGAUAGCCUGAGAAAUGACGUUGCAUGUUUGAGAUUGUCCACUAAGGAUAUCGGCAGUUUAGGUCAUUAUCUUCAUGGAUGGGAAGGUGUUGCAGGUGUCUUGUGGGGAACAAAUAGGCCGUAUCAUUGCCGUAUUCGCUAAUUUGCACGUGGGCCCGGUGUGAAAGCUGUGCAUUUGUGUGAUGCUGCGAACAUGCGAAAUUUCGAAAUUUUAGGACUC